CUCUCUCUCUCUCUCUCUCUCUCUCUCUCUCUCUACAGAUUGAUCGAUCUUCUUCAGAAGUGAUCCAGUUGCAAGUCUCGCAGGCACACACACACACACACACACACAGCUGUACAGAAGAAUCUUUGAAGGCCAAUGGGCUGCACACAGUCAAAGAUCGAGAACGAAGAGGCCGUAACGCGAUGCAAAGAACGGAAGCUGUUCAUGAAGGAGGCGGUGUCGUCUCGGAACGCCUUUGCGGCGGCACACUCAGCUUACGCCAUGUCGUUGAAGAACACCGGCGCCGCCCUCAGUGACUACGCCCAAGGCGAGGUCCAAUUCAGCUCUGCCUCAUCCGCCACCGUUCCCGUUGGAAGCUCCACCACAAUUCCUCAACCCCCAUUCGACACCCUCCCCCCUCCUCCUCCUCCCCUCCCCAAUUUCCCUCCUAAUCCUCUCCAACGCGCCGCCUCCAUGCCCGAAUUUGUCAUACCAAAAGCCCAACCGAAACACUCCGAUACUAUUAUUGAAGAAGAGAACGAGGAUGAUCUGGAAAACGACAGUACCCAUAGCUUGAAACAUCGGAGUAGUAAAAGCAGUGGUGGUGGUGGGGUCAGAAGUGGAAUUUCGCAUAGAGGGGCUGAGGAUGACGGAUUGGCCCCACCACCAUCGCCGCCACCGACACGGCCGCAGACUGAUAGAGCGCCGCCGCCGCCUCCGGGGUCGGAGAAUAAGGGGAUGACGUGGGAUUAUUUCUUUCCGGAAAUGGAGAAUGUGCCGGGUACGAACCUGGCGGACGUGGAGAAUAGAAUUGAGAGAGAGGAGCUUGAGAGGAAGGUGUUUGAGGAAAGGUCUAGAAGAAGUGAAAUUGAUUGCAGUGGUGAGAGUGGUGGCAGUGGGAAGAGCGGAAAAGUGGAGGCGGAUGUGGUGGAUAGAAAGGCAGAGUUGCCGCCACAGCAACCUCCGCCAGCGGGGAAGGUAGUGAAAAGAGUGAAGCAGUUGGUUCCGACAGAGGGGAAGAGGAAGGCUGGGUCAAGUGUGAACUUGUUGCAGAUAUUCAGUGAGCUCGAUGAUUGUUUUUUGAAGGCGUCAGAGAGUGCUCAUGAGGUGUCGAAAAUGUUGGAGGCAAAUCGGUUGCAUUAUCAUUCGAAUUUUGCAGAUAAUCGAGGACAUAUUGAUCAUUCUAAAAGGGUCAUGCGUGUCAUUACGUGGAAUAGGUCCUUCAGAGGUUUGUCCACAGCUGAUGAUGGGGACAAUGACUUUGACUCAGAAGAGCAAGAAACUCAUGCAACUGUGUUGGACAAGAUGCUAGCAUGGGAGAAAAAGCUUUACGAUGAAGUGAAAGCCGGUGAGCAGAUGAAACUUGAAUAUCAAAGGAAAGUUGCUUCACUAAACAAGCUAAAGAAACGUGGCACGAAUACUGAAGCUUCCGAGAGAAUGAAAUCAGCAGUAAGUCAUCUGCAUACAAGAUACAUUGUUGAUAUGCAAGCUAUGGAUUCAACCGUUUCAGAAAUAAAUCGUCUGCGCGAUGAGCAGUUGUAUCCGAAACUCGUUGCAUUGGUAGAUGGGAUGGUCACAAUGUGGGAUACCAUGCGAGUACAGCAUGAAAGCCAGUCAAAGAUUGCACAAGCCUUGAGGUCUCUGGACAUCUCCCAAUCUCCCAAGGAAACAACCGAGCACCACCAUGAACGAACUGUUCAGCUGUGGGCUGUCGUCCAAGAAUGGCAUUCACAGUUCGAAAAACUCUUUAGUAAUCAGAAAUGUUACAUAAAAGGUCUGAAUAAAUGGCUGAAGCUAAAUCUCAUUUCUAUUGAUAACAACUUGAAGGAAAAGGUGUCAUCCCCUCAAAGGCCUCAAAUUCCCCCUAUAGAGGCUCUUCUGCGUGGCUGGCAGGAUUAUCUCGAAAAGCUUCCUGAUGAGAUUGCAAAAACUGCUAUAAUUAGCUUUGCAGGUGUCAUAAAUGCUAUAGUGCAGUAUCAAAUAGAGGAGAUGCAGAUGAGGGAUAAAUGCAAGGACACACGGAAGGAGCUUGCUCGUAAGACCCAACAAUUUGAGGACUGGUAUAACAAGUAUACGCAGAGGAGAACACCCCCUGAUGAGAUGGAUCCCGAGAGGGCACAGGAUAAGGAUCUUGUUGCAGAGCGGCAAGCAGUUUUGGAAAUAAUUAAGAGCAGGCUGCAAGAGGAGGAGGAAGCUUACAACAGGCAGUGCAUUCAGGUGAGGGAGAAGUCUUUGACAAGUCUGAAAACUCGCCUGCCGGAGCUUUUCCUGGCAAUGUCAGAUUUCUCUCGUGCUUGUUCAGACAUGUAUACAGAUUUGGGGUCCAUUUCAACGCACCAUAGAGAGAGCUGAUGGUGAGGUACGGAUUGUGUGCUAUGUAUACUUUGCUUAUAUCACUUGCAAUAUUAUUUAUUGUAUAAGUUCCAUAUGAACCAGCGUUUGAAAAUUGUGAAGUUCAUAUAGUUUUGCUUUUCCACGUGUAAUAAAUACGUCUUGAGUUAUACCAUGAGAGAUUUUCUCUAUUGGAUAAGGUUAUUGUACAGACAUUGGUAUUUGUACCACUAUCAUUUCAAGCAUUAAUCUUAAGUUUGGAUGAUUUGU